CUGCCUCAAAAACUAAAGUUCUGUCAGCUCCUGCAGUGAGUUAAGGAAAACAGACAGCAUAAUUUUCCAAGCCAAACAAGACAAGCUGCUAAUUCAGAGAAGCAUUAAGUUUGAUACAUCUGUCUCUAUAAAGGCACAUUACUGAGGCAUACUUCAGUCCAGCUGCUUCGGCCCUGACAGAAGAACCGACUUUAGGAGCAAUUUGUCCUGUCAAACCCACAGGGCAUACCUUGUGUCAGAUUGCUGUUACACCGGCUGACAGGCAGUGCAGCAUGUCGAAGGAGGUAAAGCCAGAGAGCGUGUCGCUGUAUUCUGUGAGUGCUGCAGCAACCCCUGAACAGGAGGCGGUGUGCAUCUUUGGGACAGGGGACUUGGGGCGUUCUCUGGGUCAACGUCUACUGCAGUCUGGAUACAGGUUGGUGUAUGGCAGCCGGAGACCUCACAGCUGCGGCCCCAUUCCUCCAGGAGUUCAGGUGAUGAGCCACGAGAUAGCAGCGCGAUCUGCCAGUCUGGUCUUUGUUUGUGUUCACAGAGAACAUUAUGACUUUCUGGAGACACUUGCUCCUCAUCUCAAGGGGAAGGUGCUUGUGGAUGUUAGCAACAAUCUCAAGAAGAAUAUGUACCCAGAGGCCAACGCUGAGUUUCUGCGGAGGUUAAUCCCCGGAGCCCUUGUGGUGAAGGCAUUUAACACCUUGUCAGCCUGGGCUCUUCAGAACGGACCUUCAGAUGCCAACAGACAGGUGUACCUGUGUGGAAACAGUUCUGAGGCUAAGCAGGCGGUGGCAGAGAUUGCCACUAAACUGGGCUUCAAUGUUCAGGAUAGAGGGUCUCUGUCUGCAGCCAGAGAGCUGGAGGACUUCCCCCUGCAGCUGUUCCCAGAGUGGAGACUGCCCAUGCAUCUCACCAUUGGCCUUACUGCCUUCUUCUUCUUCUAUCUUCUCGUCAGAGAUGUCAUCUUUGCAUAUGUUGACCAGGGGAAAGACAACUCCUUCAGAAUCAUGGUGUCCCUGGCCAACAAGGUGUUUCCAAUUGUAUCUCUCAUCUUGUUAUCUCUCUGUUAUCUGCCUGGAGUCAUAGCUGCCUUCCUUCAGCUCUACAGAGGAACCAAAUAUAAGCGUUUUCCUGACUGGUUGGAUCGCUGGAUGUUGUGCAGGAAACAACUAGGUCUGAUAGCUCUGGCCCUUGCUUCCUUGCAUGUGCUUUAUACCCUAAUCAUCCCUAUAAGGUAUUAUGUAAGAUUCAGGCUUGCAGCAAAUACCAUCUCACAGAUCAAGGAGAACAAAACGUCUGUAUUUGACACAACCAUGGGCUGGAGAACCGACUCAUACUACUCCAUGGGGAUCCUGGGAUUUGGCCUGUAUCUCCUUUUGGGAAUUGCCUCUCUCCCUUCUGUCAGCAACGCUCUCAGCUGGAGAGAGUUCAGCUUCAUUCAGUCCAAGUUGGGAUACCUGACAUUGUUCUUCUGCACCUUUCACACUUACCUGUAUGGCUGGGACAAGUUCCUUUUCAUCUCGUACUACAAAUGGUACACUCCUCCCGGCUACAUGCUCUGUUUGGUGGUGCCCUCUGUGGUGCUGUUGCUUAAGCUCCUGCUUCUUCUCCCUUGCGUGGACAAAAGCCUCAUCCGUAUUCGGCAGGGAUGGGAGAGGACCGAUCCUGAGGAUGACAGCAAGAAGUCACUGUUAGCGAAGGAUUGUCAGAAACUGUAACAGACAUAGAUGAAAAUACAUUGUCUUUGGAGAGCACCCUAAAUGUAAUUCAACCAAAACAGUUUUGAGGCUGAACAAAAGAGAGCAUACAAAUAAAAGCCUGUAAUAAAUGUUAACAUAUUUAGAACCACAUUUUAAACACCUUCAUUUUAUGUAAAGUUUAAAGUAUUUUUCUUAAUUAUCAUGGAUAAUUUUUAUAUAUCUAAACAUGCAGCAGAGUUAGGGCUUGCUCCUGCUGCCCAAAACCCCUCUGUAAAUAAAUUUACUGGUGGUUCCAGAAAAGAUGGAGCCUGAAAACAGCUGUAAGUACAGAAUAGUUGACCCAUUAUUUUAACUACAAGAGGAAUUUAGUGCUUUAAAAUGUUGACAGUCAUCUUUUGGCAUUUUUGUAAUUUUUCAAAAUGUGUACCUUUCAAACUGUUUUUCUCAAGUUCAUAUAACUGGACCUUAGACAUUUGGAUUCUGAAAUAUGAAUGUAAUUAAUAAACAAAUAGUAUGUAUUGAGUGAAAAUGAUAAAUAAAAUAAAAAAAAUAUAUGUCUGUUAACUUAAUGGGCACAUAGCUUAAUACCGUUUUCUAGCAAUGUUUAGUGUAAUGGGAAAAAAUUGCCUUUGCUCUGACUCCUUAAUAUAUGCUCCAUGUUCUUGUCCAUUGAUGUCUCAUUCAGCUCAUUGUCUUGAAAUCUUCAAACACUCCUUACUUCCCUCUGUAUUUUAACAAUAAACAAUUCUUAAAAGUGAGGGCAUUUUAGUUCAUAGCAGUAAACAAAAAGUAAUAGGACUCAUUGUAAUGAAGUCAACUUAAUUACAACAAUCUGUAAGCAAAAGUAAGGAACUCAAAAAUUAGGUUCCAUGGCAAAAGAGUUUUUUUGAGAUUCCAGACACCUAAAACAAAUCCUCAUCUUUCUCUCCAAAUGUAGCUACUUGAACAUCUUCAGCUUCUUCAGCAUUCUGCUCCCUCAGAAUCCUAUACACCAUCAUCAGUAUAUUCCUCUGAUAAGCAUUCUCAAAGCAUACUCAUGUAACUGAGAUAGUACCCCCCUGUAGCUCUUUAUGUCAUGCACACACUUCAUCAUAACAAAAUAUAAAAAGUAACUAGCUGUAACUCACAUAUUUGACCCAAUCUGGAAAAAGCAUUGUUUUGGUAACAAAACAUGUUACUGUCUAAUAGAAAAUAUAAAUUAUUUACUACAGAAAAUGGUAUUGCUAUUUAAAUAUUAUUAAUAAACAGUUUUGAAAUCACCAGUGAUGCAUGAUGUCCACUAAAAUGGACUGCUAAUUAAAUGUUUUAAUCACCAUGAAA